AUGAAGGCAGACCCCGCACCAGCCGGGCAGAGCGCCGGCCUCUUCUUCCUGGGGCUGCUCUGCUUCGCCUCGGCGUCGGAAAGGGCCGUUUACACGAACCAUUUCCUGGUGGAGGUGCGCCCAGGGGCAGGGGCAGAGGCGUCGCGGCUGGCCGCGGAGUAUGGCUUCAGCGGGGUCAGGAAGCUUCCUUUUGUCGAAGAUGGGUACCACUUUUAUCACAACGGCUUGCCCAAGAUUCGGAGACGACGCAGUCUUAAGCAUCAGCUUCGCUUAGAAAAAGAUCCUCGGGUAAAGAAGGCAGUGCAGCAAGAAGGUUUCGGGAGGAGGAAGCGGGGGUACCGAGACAUCAAUGAAAUUGACAUCAACAUGAACGACCCUUUGUUUACAAAGCAGUGGUACUUGAUCAACACUGGGCAAGCAGAUGGGACUCCGGGACUCGACCUCAAUGUGGCUCAAGCCUGGGAGAUGGGCUACACGGGGAAAGGGGUGACGAUUGGAAUUAUGGACGACGGGAUUGAUUAUCUUCAUCCAGAUCUGGCCACAAACUAUAAUGCCCAAGCCAGCUACGAUUUCAGCAGCAACGACCCCUAUCCAUACCCCCGCUAUACCGAUGACUGGUUUAACAGCCAUGGGACCCGGUGCGCUGGAGAAGUCUCCGCUGCAGCUGACAACAACAUCUGUGGAGUCGGAGUGGCAUAUAAUUCAAAGGUGGCAGGUAUCCGAAUGCUGGACCAGCCAUUUAUGACUGACAUCAUUGAAGCUUCUUCGAUCAGUCACAUGCCCCAAGUGAUAGAUAUUUACAGCGCCAGCUGGGGCCCGACCGAUAAUGGUAAGACCGUGGAUGGACCAAGAGAACUCACCUUACAAGCCAUGGCAGAUGGGGUCAAUAAGGGCCGUGGCGGGAAGGGAAGCAUCUACGUGUGGGCCUCUGGAGAUGGCGGAAGUUACGACGACUGCAAUUGUGAUGGCUACGCAUCCAGCAUGUGGACCAUUUCCAUCAACUCAGCGAUCAACGAUGGCCGGACAGCUUUAUACGAUGAAAGCUGCUCCUCUACUUUGGCCUCCACUUUUAGCAAUGGGAGAAAGAGAAAUCCUGAAGCUGGUGUGGCGACGACAGAUUUAUACGGCAACUGUACACUUCGCCACUCUGGAACAUCAGCAGCGGCACCCGAGGCAGCGGGAGUGUUUGCACUCGCGCUGGAGGCAAACGUGGACCUGACCUGGAGGGACAUGCAGCAUCUUACGGUCCUCACAUCCAAGAGGAAUCAGCUCCAUGACGAAGUUCACCAGUGGAGAAGAAACGGGGUUGGUCUGGAGUUCAACCACUUGUUUGGCUAUGGAGUUCUUGACGCUGGGGCCAUGGUCAAGAUGGCCAAAGACUGGAAAACUGUCCCGGAGAGGUUUCACUGUGUUGGUGGCUCAAUACAAGAGCCUCGGAAAAUACCGUCCAGUGGCAAGUUGGUCCUGACGCUUACAACUGAUGCUUGCGAAGGGAAGGAGAACUUUGUCCGUUAUCUGGAACACGUUCAGGCAGUUAUCACAGUGAACUCCACCAGGAGGGGGGAUCUGAACGUCAACAUGACGUCGCCAAUGGGAACUAAAUCUAUUUUGCUGAGUCGACGCCCGAGAGAUGACGACUCCAAAGUGGGCUUUGACAAAUGGCCUUUCAUGACGACACAUUCUUGGGGAGAAGACCCCAGAGGUACUUGGGUUCUAGAAGUUGGGUUUGUUGGUAUCAUGCCUCAGAGAGGAGUCCUGAAAGAAUGGACAUUAAUGCUACACGGAACUCAAAGUGCACCCUAUAUAGACCAAAUAGUGAAGGAUUACCAGUCUAAAUUGGCCAUGUCCAAGAAGGAGGAGUUGGAAGAAGAAUUAGAUGAAGCCGUGGAGAGAAGUUUGAAAAGUAUAUUGAGCAAGAACUAGCAUUGCUUUGCAUGUCAUCCCCCUUUCUCUUUUUCCUUUCUUAAACCUCUCUGUUGAGCACACGCCACUAAUU